AUGGCGAUUAUUAACCUUUUGUUGCUGAGUUUCCUGUGGAUAACCAGAUUUGAAAUUGUUCAAGGCUGGACAAACGCUCAUGCGACAUUUUAUGGGGGUGGUGAUGCAUCCGGCACUAUGGGUGGUGCGUGUGGGUAUGGAAAUCUAUACGACCAAGGAUACGGAAUCAACAAUGCGGCUCUAAGCACUGCUCUGUUCAAUAAUGGGCUGACAUGCGGAGCUUGCUAUGAAAUAAAAUGCAAUGAUGACCCACAAUGGUGUCUGCCCAAUUCGAUUGUGGUCACCGCCACCAAUUUAUGCCCGCCCAACUACGCUCUUUCUAACAAUGCAGGGGGGUGGUGUAAUCCCCCUCUUCAGCAUUUUGAUCUUUCAGAGCCAAUGUUCAACAGCAUUGCAAUUCACAAGGCAGGAAUAGUCCCUGUUCUCUACCAAAGAGUGGCAUGUAAGAAAAGCGGUGGAAUUCGGUUCACCAUAAAUGGCGGCUCCUACUUUAAUCUGGUGCUCAUCACCAACGUGGGCGGAGCAGGGGACGUGAAUGCAGUUUCGAUAAAGGGCUCUCAAACAGGGUGGCAGGCUAUGAGAAGAAAUUGGGGCCAAAAUUGGCAGAGCAACAGCAAACUAGACGGGCAAAGCCUUUCAUUUCAAGUCACCACCAGUGAUGGGAGAACAGUAACCUCUUACAAUGUGGCUCCCCCAACCUGGCAAUUCGGCCAGACUUUUACCGGUGCUCAGAUAUAA